AAGCGAGGUGGUCUACGUUUGCUCCUCUACAAACUCAUCUCAAACCUUGACAGUUCGACAAGCACGUCUUUGUACGACCAAGCUUUAGCACUUGUUCUUCUCUCCUCAGUCUCGACGGACGCUCCUUUACGAUCUUCUCGUCCUUCAUACACUCUUGCCUGUCUCUUUGGAAGCAUCACCCAACACGCUCCACAUGAUCUCCUCUGAGGGGGAUCGUGCACGCAAUUCGUAGUGGGUAGACAUUCGCGCGCACGCCGCUCUACCUUCUUCAACCUCCUUCCAGACCCUCUCCGCCUUGCUAGGUGAAGCGUAGCGCACCAUGGCAGCUCGUUAUGAGAGCAGCCCUCACGGAACACAACAGCCACCAAUUACAUUGCAACCUUCCCAGGCGAGUUUCGGCGCGGGAAGCCGUGGGCAUCGCUCAAGGAUGCCUUCGCGCGAAGGGUUUAGCUUGCCUGCCCGCCCUUCCUCUCCUGUCACUCGUCGUAGGCCCGAGUCCCUCGACGACCGCAAUCAGCACCGGAAUCCUCCGACCUAUAGACACUCCCCAAAGUCGCCACCAAAGAGGACGUCUUCGGUGCCUCACACCUUUGUGACUCCACCUUCGGCCGACAAUCCGUACCCUCGAACAGAGGCAGCGACCAGGACGCGCAGCACUCCGCACUGCCGCACGGCUCUGUCCAGCGCAAUGUCGAGAUGCCGAUCCAGCCCCGGCCAGGAGACGAGUGUGCAAGCUUUGGCUGCUCUGGCGACAUCGGCCGAUAUGUCUCGCCUCGCGGAUCUCUGUUCUCCACGCUCCCCACGCCUUCGUCCAGCAUCCCUCAACGCCAGCAGCGCUGGCCAAUUGGGUGCACCGCUAAGCCCUGAGCGCAACAGACCUCACGUGAAGCACGUGCCAAUCGCUUCGGGAGCGGUGAUUCCGACCCCUUCUGCACCCGAAUCGCCAGAGAGCGACAGGACAAGAUUCCCUUGGAAUAUCCGCCUGUGGAAUGCGAGUCUCCCGGCACUCGACCCUGCAUUGCUACCUGACUCUCCCCCCAAACGUAAGCCAGAAACUCCAGAGUUCUCAGGUGGAAUCGAAGACUUGAAGCCCCGGGUGAAAAGUAAAUCGCCACCUGCCCGCCGUCAACGAGCAGUCAGCGAGUGUGUCAGCUUAGGCUUGGGCCCCGCUUUCGAAGAUGAUCCGUCUGAGCUGGCAACGAAGCGACAGUCACUGGGUGCUGUUCAAGGCACGCCACCUUUCGAUGCGCCUCGCGGUCCAAGACGCCGUAGCCCAUCCGGUACAUUUCGAAGGAGGGUUGGAUCCGGCUUUCCUAGCCUUCCAAAGGCUGAUGGAGAAAGCCGUGGCGGUCAGAACAGUCCCCGCACACCCCCACUGUCUACGCUACCGAACAACUUUCGUCCAUCCGGUCUCGGGCUUGCUAUCGCAGGCAUCACCCCUGCCUACAGGCUUCAACAGCUCCCCAGCCUGACUGACUCGCCGCUCUCUAGCACUAGCUCGGUCCCUAGCAUCGUCAUCACGCCUCCCGCGGCUUUGACGAUUCACUCUCCUUCGCAGCUGUGCUCACCUCUUGGCAAAGCCACGUUGCACUCACACGAAGACGAUCACAACUCUUCUCCCUGGUUCCAGACCGCGCUUGAUUUAGGGGCGCACACGCACGCCGAGCCAGACAGCUCUGCAAAGCUGUUUAAAAGUAGCUCAGGAGAACUGGUACCGUCAAUUAGCGAGCCGCGUUCGACUUCUUCGUCGGCGGCCGAUGUGCAUCCGAAGCUUCAAUUGGAACUCUCAGCAGAAGCCCGGCAGACUCGGCACUUGCAAGAUGAGACGGCGUUCUCCGCCUUCGCCUCACGCAUCGAUGAGCGGCUGUCUGCCUUUUUCGAAUACAGAGAGGGAGCAGAUGUGGCGCAAAUAGUGCGACGGGCCCGAAUCUGGAUGCUGGACGCCGUAGGAAUGGACUUGUCCAACACAAUGCCCCACAUGCGUCUGCCAAGCAUUUGUCUCAUGCCGAGCCUGAUGCGCAUCAGGUGGAUCGACUGCGGUGAUCGAAAGGAGUGGGUGCCUGCCGAAGUGGCGGUGGCAUGGUACGAUGCUGCGUGCAACCGCGUGAUGGAGCACUUCGUGUCCGGCAUGUUUGCAAUGCUCAACGAUUCUCGAGCACCCAGAGACUUGGCCGCUGGUCUAGCUCUAAUGAUCAGCUUGCUUCGCGUCGAUAUGGUGGCCCCUGAUCCAGCCACAGACACGGAGGCUGAGGAGACGGAUGCAGCGCCUGGAACAAACCCGUCGUCAGACAUUCUCGCACCUUUUGGCCUAGCCCCUAGUCCAGUACUUUUGUCGGAUUGCUUUGCCCCUCCCUCUGUUCAUCCCGAUGCCGCGUGCCGGUCUACAGAAGGUAAUAGCUUGGGACUUUGGGGACACGCGAUGCUCGAGAGCAGCCCACGCGCGUCUCCGAUCAGCAUUGCGUAUCUGCAUCCUGGCCAGGCCUUGAUGACCACGGUACAGACGACGAUCGAGGCGAUUCUUGAACGCGGGGUAGCGGUCCGCGAAAAAGCUUGCAUGCUCAGCGUUCCUUCCAACCCUCGGCGUAAGACUAGAAAGCAGGUUGCCGCUGCGGCCGCUGCAGCAGCCGCUUCGACGGCGGAAGGAAGCUCUAUGGAAGGCGAGCAGGAAGCCAGUGGAAGCACUUCAGGCGACGCAACACUGCACUCGGCGAAUGCCGAGCUCAAUGAUCUGGAGAUGGCUACCAAAGGCGAAAUCACGGCUGAUGAGCUGCGAAGAAGGGAGCUCACUCGCGCCAUCGUCGGCUCCAGCAAAGAUCGUUUCUGCAGCAUGCACGUGAUGCGCUUUGUUGGAGAGCUGUAUCAACGUCGAGUACUAGACUUCGAGACCUUUCAGGCAUGGCUCGACCGAACGCUAUUCCAGACGGUCCACUUGGGCAUACCCUCUCGCUUUGAGCUCGAGGCGAGCUGCACAUUGCUGGCAACCGCUGGGGCUGCGCUAGAGCAAGCUUCGCGUCUCGCGGGCUGUUGUCAAGUCUCCCAAGGGCCCAAAGCUCAGCCAGUCCCGCAGUGUGGUCUUGGCACCGACGACAUGGCGCCUCGUACUCCUCAGCGGCUAGAGUCCAUGCCUACAUCGUCAUCGCUGCCAAUCCUUUCUCUUCAAUUGAGCAGUCUAUCCUCGCCUACAAAUGUGACUGCCGCUCGUCGGGUGGACGGUGCACCACCCAGUCACUGGAUCAACGAGAGUCCUCAAGCCCUGCGGAAGAGUGUCAUGGCCCGCUGGUCUCCCAGAGCCAGCUUUCAGGCCCUCUCUUCCUCUCAGAGCUUGCCAUCCUCGCGCGUCACCUCUCCCACAAAUGCCUUUGCUCCUCUGUCGCUGGCGCCCGCCAUCAUGUCCCGACAGGUCUCUCUGCCUGGCAAGGUCCCCGCCUCUGCUCCGCCGACCUCGUUGACAUUUGAAACGUGCUGCAACGCCAUUGAGCACAUUACUCUCAAAGCGGCGAUGGCCAGAAUCAGUGAGCUAUCCUCGAUACCAGAAUUUGGUACUCAGAGCAGAGGCAUCUGUGAAUGGCUACUCUUCACUCGCGCCAAUGAUUGGUCUGUGCCAAGUGGCCCCCCGGCAGCCCAUACGCUGCUGGGUCCGCCCGGUCUCACUCCACCACCACGUCGAUCCUCGUCGUCCAGGGGAUCUGCAGCACGCGCGCACGCUCUGCCAGCAUCCGACUGAUGCUUGCCACAUGACACACGCAAGGCACAUCUUCCAUUCAACCUGCCGCACAACCACUUCUUUGAUCCAACAGCACC